CCGUCCGCCAGCUCGCUAGCCCGCGCGCCUCGGUCCUCGUCGCUGUGCCGCGGUCUGUGUGGCCCGAACGGCUGCCGAGGUGCUCGCCAUGGCGACGUUCAUCUCGGUACAGCUGAAAAAGACCUCGGAGGUGGACCUGGCCAAGCCGCUGGUGAAGUUCAUCCAGCAGACGUACCCGAGUGGCGGGGAGGAGCAGGCCCAGUACUGCCGCGCGGCGGAGGAGCUCAGCAAGCUGCGCCGCGCCGCUCUCGGCCGCCCGCUGGACAAGCACGAGGGCGCGCUCGAGACGCUCCUGAGGUAUUAUGAUCAGAUCUGUUCCAUUGAACCCAAAUUCCCAUUUUCUGAAAAUCAGAUCUGCUUGACAUUUACCUGGAAGGAUGCUUUUGAUAAAGGAUCACUUUUUGGAGGAUCUGUAAAGUUGGCUCUUGCAAGCUUAGGAUAUGAAAAGAGCUGUGUGUUGUUCAAUUGUGCAGCCUUAGCUAGCCAGAUUGCGGCAGAACAGAACCUGGAUAAUGAUGAAGGAUUGAAAAUCGCUGCUAAGCAUUACCAGUUUGCUAGUGGUGCCUUUUUACAUAUUAAAGAGACAGUUUUAUCUGCCUUAAAUCGAGAGCCUACUGUGGACAUAUCUCCGGAUACUGUUGGGACCCUCAGUCUUAUUAUGCUGGCACAGGCCCAAGAAGUAUUUUUUUUAAAAGCCACAAGAGAUAAAAUGAAAGAUGCCAUCAUAGCUAAAUUGGCUAAUCAGGCUGCAGAUUAUUUUGGUGAUGCUUUUAAACAGUGUCAAUACAAAGAUACUCUCCCCAAGUAUUUUUAUUUCCAGGAGGUGUUCCCUGUCUUGGCUGCAAAGCACUGUAUCAUGCAGGCCAAUGCUGAGUACCACCAGUCUAUCCUGGCAAAACAGCAGAAGAAAUUUGGGGAAGAGAUUGCAAGGUUACAGCACGCAGCAGAAUUGAUUAAAACAGUGGCGUCUCGCUAUGAUGAAUAUGUCAAUGUGAAGGAAUUUUCUGACAAAAUCAACCGUGCCCUUACUGCAGCAAAGAAAGACAAUGACUUCAUUUAUCAUGAUCGAGUUCCAGACCUUAAAGAUCUAGACCCUAUUGGCAAAGCCACACUUGUGAAAUCUACCCCAGUCAAUGUGCCCAUCAGCCAGAAAUUCACUGAUCUGUUUGAGAAGAUGGUUCCUGUGUCAGUGCAGCAGGCUUUGGCUGCCUAUAAUCAGAGGAAAGCUGAUUUAGUUAACAGAUCAAUUGCUCAAAUGAGAGAAGCCACCACUUUGGCAAAUGGGGUGUUAGCUUCCCUUAAUCUUCCAGCAGCAAUUGAAGAUGUGUCUGGAGACACUGUACCUCAGUCUAUAUUGACUAAGUCCGCAUCUGUGGUUGAACAGGGUGGUAUCCAGACUGUUGAUCAGUUGAUCAAAGAGCUACCUGAACUACUACAAAGAAAUAGAGAAAUCCUAGAUGAGUCAUUAAGAUUGUUGGAUGAAGAAGAAGCAACUGACAAUGAUUUAAGAGCAAAAUUCAAAGAACGCUGGCAAAGGACACCAUCCAGUGAACUCUACAAGCCUUUAAGAGCAGAGGGAACCAAUUUCAGAACAGUUUUGGAUAAGGCUGUGCAAGCAGAUGGACAAGUGAAAGAACGUUAUCAGUCUCACCGUGACACGAUUGCACUUCUGUGUAAGCCAGAGCCUGAGCUGAAUGCUGCCAUCCCCUCUGCUAACCCAGCAAAGACCAUGCAGGGCAGUGAGGUUGUAAAUGUCUUAAAAUCCUUAUUGACAAAUCUUGAUGAAGUAAAGAAGGAAAGAGAGGGGCUGGAGAAUGACCUGAAAUCUGUGAAUUUUGACAUGACAAGCAAAUUUUUGACUGCUCUGGCUCAAGAUGGUGUGAUAAAUGAAGAAGCUCUUUCUGUUACUGAACUGGAUCGAAUCUAUGGAGGUCUUACAGCCAAAGUCCAAGAAUCUCUAAAGAAACAGGAAGAACUUCUUAAAAAUAUUCAGGUCUCACACCAGGAAUUUUCGAAAAUGAAACAAUCUAACAAUGAAGCUAACUUACGAGAAGAAGUUUUGAAGAAUUUAGCUACUGCAUAUGACAACUUUGUUGAACUUGUAGCUAAUUUAAAGGAGGGCACAAAGUUUUACAAUGAGCUGACUGAGAUCCUAGUCAGGUUCCAGAACAAAUGCAGUGAUAUAGUGUUUGCACGGAAGACAGAAAGAGACGAACUCUUAAAGGACUUGCAACAAAGCAUUGCCAGAGAACCUAGUGCUCCUUCAAUUCCUACACCUGCAUAUCAGUCAUCUCCAGCAGGGGGACAUGCGCCAGCUCCUCCAACUCCAGCGCCCAGAACCAUGCCGCCGAGUAAGCCCCAGCCUCCAGCCCGGCCUCCACCUCCUGUGCUUCCAGCAAAUCGAGCUCCUUCUGCUUCUGCUCCAGCUCCAGUGGGGACUGGGAGCGCUGCAGCAGCUCCAUCACAAACUCCUGGUUCAGCUCCGCCUCCACAGGCCCAGGGACCCCCAUAUCCUACCUAUCCAGGAUAUGCCGGGUAUUGCCAAAUGCCCAUGCCCAUGGGCUAUAAUCCUUACGCAUACGGCCAGUAUAAUAUGCCAUAUCCGCCAGUGUAUCACCAGAGCCCUGGACAGGCUCCAUACCCGGGACCCCAGCAGCCUUCAUACCCCUUCCCUCAGCCCCCACAGCAGUCUUACUAUCCACAGCAGUAAUAUGUCACCUCAGAAGCUCAGCUGGUUCAGUUCAAAGGGGAAGAAAUACCAAUCCUGCAAUAAGUGUACUAAACUCUAUGCUCUGGUUAAUAUAAUGUCCUCUCCUGUACUGAAUGCAGUGUAUAAUUUCUGUCUGUGGCUAAAAGCUGUGCCUCAGUUCCACAUUUGAUUGCACAUGUGAGAUUUGCUGCUGUUGCAGUAUAAACACUAGGUAUAAUAGGAUUUGAAAUAAAUUACAUUACACUUCAUAAAAGUUGAAAAUGAGAAACCCACAAGUGAAAUGUUUGAAAUUAUUAUACUUAUGUCUACACAAGAUGUGAUUGGGACAUCAGAUACUUUAAUGAUGGUGUAAGUACUGAUAUUCAAGAAAACUAAGUUUUCUUUCUCUUUUGGUUUAUUGAUUUGGUUUAAUUUCCAUUAUGCUAUUUUGCAUAAUCAAAGCAUUGUAAAUCUUAUAAUUUAAAAAUAAAUUACUUAAGAACA